UAACAGCUUCCUCUGUCAUUCAUCACAAGCUUCUUUGCCUUGGACAUCGACAUCUUCCCCAAAAGCCCCGAAACUGGUGAAACCGCCUGGCCUAUCGGUCAAGUAUCAAGCUACCUUUGUACGCACCUCGUUUGCGAUCCGUUCAGAGUUCGUCAGUGCUAACGAUCACUUUACAACAGUCGGCUUCUCGGCCGUCAUAUUCAUCCCGCUCAUCGUCCUCGCGCUCUACGUCAACAAGCUCAUCGCCAACAUCAAGCAAACCUACAAGCAGCUGCUAAAGGCGCUCAAAGACCCGGACACAGCCCUCAACCCGCCGCUCCCCAAGGACACGGCCGACCACGACUCGGACGAGGAACGCACCUUUAUCGACCGCCGCAGCUUCGCCACCGCGGCAUCCAACCGCUACGGCUUCAAGACGAACCGCGCCGCGUCACGCAACAACGGCAACGACAACCUCACCAUGGCAUACUACCACCACAACAACAAGGACAACGACAACAACAGCAGCAUCUCCGACGAUGACAGCGACAACAAUGGUAAAUCCCCGCGCUACGCGCCGCUCUUCGGCCGGUACCACUUCCACCGCACCAUCCCACUGCUCCGCAACCUCUGGCGAUAUCGACGGUAUCGGUUGAUGUCGGCCCGGCGCGGCGGGCACGAAAACCGCUGGAAGGACCGCUAUGUGCGCGACUACCCGCUGCGGUACUACCGCACAAAGGCGAGCAUGGGCGUGUUGCGCGGGCUGGUGUGCGUGCUGGCGUGGUGCGGGUCGGAGAAGCACCGGCGGGCGAGGGCGAGGGAUCAGAGGAGGCGGAGGAAAGAUAAGAUGGAAGGGUUGAGUAGUAGUAGUAGUAGCAGUAGUGAUAGCGGCCAUAGUAGUAGUGGUGGUGGUGAGUCGGGGGAUGGGGGCGGUCCGUUUGGUGGAGGGGUGGAGAGGAAGGAUUUCGGACUUGGAGGGCGGAAGCGAGGUGGAAUGGGUUUGAAUAUGAAUCUCAUGUCGUCGAAGCGGAAGGUGGCCAACAAGAGAAAAAAGUCGCUUGACUCCGGGUAUUGGAAGCAGGGGUCGGGGUUGGUGGGGAAUGGGUCGAUGGAGGAUGAUUUGGCGGAUAUGGAGCGGUGGUCGAAUCAGACGCGGUCGAGGGCGUCGUUUGAUUUUCAGGUGACGAGGGACGAUGAGGUUGGAGGUGCAGAUGAGGGAGAGAUUCCGGCGGCUGGGAAGGCGAGGAAGUUGAAGAGGUUGGGGUGGUUGAGGAUGAGGAGGAAAGGGAUGGCGAAGGGGGUUGUGGAUGAGGAGAAGGAGAUUGGCGUGCCGGAGGGAGUAAAGGAGAAAGGUUUAUAAUGGGGUUGAAGGAUUUGCUACUGGUACAUGUACAAAUUAGCUGGCAACCCCGUGGCAUUGUAGUUGACUCC